UCCUCUUCCCCCACCCCCCCUUAAUCCUUUCCGCUGGCCCGGUGGGACCAUGACGGCGUCUCCCGACUACCUGGUGAUCCUCUUCGUGUCCACGGCGGGCACCAACGGGGCAAGGCUGGGCUCGGAUGAGCGAGAGCUGCUCCAGCUCCUGUGGAAAGUGGUCGACCUGAGGAAUAAAGAGCUGGGGCACCUGCAUGAUGUGCUGGUCCGGCCUGACCACCUGGAGCUGACGGCUGAGUGCCAGGAGAUCACCCAGGUGGAUGUGGAGAGCCUGGCACUGGCUCCACCGCUGGAGCAGGCAUUGAGACAGUUUAAUCAGUCCGUGAGCAAUGAGCUGAACAUUGGUGUAGGUACUUCCUUCUGUUUCUGUACUGAUGGACAGUUGCAUAUUAGGCAGGUUCUGCAUCCUGAAGCUUCCAAAAAGAAUAUCUUACUACCUGAAUGCUUCUACUCCUUUUUUGACUUGCGGAAAGAGUUCAAGAAAUGUUGCCCUGGCUCACCUGAUGUUAGCAAACUUGAUGUUGCAGCCAUGACAGAAUAUUUAAAUCUUGACAAGAACAGUCCAGCGUUUCCCUAUGGAGCCUCUCAAGUUGAAGAUAUGGGGAAUAUUAUUUUAAGGCUAAUAUCUGAACCAUACAAUCACCGAUUUUCAGAUCCAGAAAGAGUGAACUACAAAUUUGAAAGUGGACCUUGCAGCAAGAUGGAACUCGUGGACGACAAUGCUGUUAUCCGAGCAAGAGGAUUGCCGUGGCAGUCGUCUGACCAGGACAUAGCGAGAUUCUUCAAAGGCCUAAAUAUCGCCAAGGGAGGUGCUGCGCUCUGUCUCAAUGCCCAGGGUAGGAGGAACGGGGAGGCUCUUGUGAGGUUUGUAAAUGAAGAGCAUAGAGAUCUAGCACUACAAAGGCACAAGCAUCACAUGGGGAGCCGAUACAUUGAGGUAUACAAGGCAACAGGUGAAGACUUCCUUAAAAUUGCAGGAGGUACUUCCAACGAGGUUGCACAGUUCUUGUCGAAAGAAAACCAAGUGAUUGUCAGGAUGCGAGGUCUUCCUUUCAACGUAACAACAGAAGAAGUGCUGACGUUCUUUGGCCAGCACUGCCCUGUAACAGGAGGAAAGGAGGGAGUCCUGUUUGUCACGUACCCUGACAGCAGGCCAACAGGGGAUGCCUUUGUGUUGUUUGCUUGUGAGGAAUAUGCACAAAAUGCACUGAAAAAGCAUAAGGACUUGCUGGGGAAAAGGUACAUUGAACUCUUCAGGAGCACUGCAGCGGAAGUUCAGCAAUGUAAAGCUUACAAACAUUGGCUUCUUGUAAUCCAAACUCCUACUUUGGCAUACAGCAGUGGAAGCAAAUGCUGCUUGGCCAUGUCUUGA